CAGGGUUUUCAGUUCUUAGAUUAUUGUCCGUUGUAAAUUAAAAUAGGUUCUAAUGUAUACAAUAUUAUACGAAAUACAUUUUUAAAAUGUAAUAUUUAUUUAUGUAAAGUACUCUCUUAACUUCUACUUUUGUAUUAUUGUUCCUAAUCUUAUUUUAUAAAUUCUGUUGAAGAAGUGAAUAUUUCGGCAUUUUUUUUUCUACUUGAAACUAUUGUUUGUAUUAGACUUUUAAUUUAUAAUAAUUAUGUCUGUUAAAUCUAUUUUGAAAAAUAAAAUAAAAAAAUUAAAAUCUAAUAAUCCAUUUGGAACGAUUAAAUCUAAAAAACAUAAAAGCAACAACCAUAUUUCCGAAAAACCGCUAGAGAGUUAUGUGAAAAUUAAUACUGAAGAAUGCAAUAACGAUGUAACUUGUAACAAUCCGCCAAAAAAAAAUGCUGUAAUGUCUAAAAAAGCUUUGAAGUUAAAAGUGAAAAAGGAAACAAAAAAUGAUGAUCAAGUCAUAGAAAAGGAGAAACCUGUAGGAAAACGCAAAAGUGUAGAAAUUCACGAUGAUGAAUGUACCCCAUCAAAAAAGUUAAAACAUGUUACAUUUGCUGAUGAUGUGAAAAGCGAAGCAGAUGAUAAAUGCUCAGCUGGUAAGUUGAAGCCUUUAAGUUUAAAUAAGCGUAAAAAACGUAAUUAUAUAAAAAAAUUGAAGUCGAAAAAAAAUAAAUUGAAAAAUGCAAAGAAACAAGAAGAAAAUGCUAAUGCUACAAUUACACCUAGACAAGAACGAGCAAUUGAAUACUUGUUGCAAUGGAAAAAUGACCGAUCAAAUUGGAAAUUCAAGAAAAUUUUUCAACUUUGGUUGAUUAAAAAUAUUUACAACCCUAUCAAGAUAAACAAAGAAGAUUUUGACAUUUUAGUGGAAUACCUACAAACCAUAAAAGGUAAAAGCCAUGAAAUGAUUCUUGAAAACGCAAACGCAACUAUUGCAGAAUAUUCGCAAUUGGACGAUUCGCAAGAAGAUCAGGACUCUGCACAACACAUAAGAUAUCAAAGGGCAAGAAAUAUAAUUCAAUCGUGUGAUUGAAUUGUUUAUGACUGACACAACACAAUAAAUUUCUAUUUAUUUAAUAAUUUUAUAUUUUUAACAAAUAAUUGUUUUUGUUUCCAAAAUAUAAAAAUAAGUAAAAAAUUUUGAAAUAUAAUAGAUAUUAUAUUGUAUAUAAAUUUGUCUAUGAACCUAUUAUUGUGUUAAGUGUACAUAGUUAUAUCUAAAGGU